AUGCAGGAUCGGAACCCGACAGCGCAGCCCCAAAGGGUUGAAGAAGCAAUGCAGCGACAAAAGUGGAUCCUCACCAGUACGGUGGAAGACGUACUGCGAGGGAGAAGAUGCUACAAAAUAGGUAAAAUCAAGCUGAAUAAUUUCUUCCCUAGCAAAUUGGCCAGCAGAGGAGUCGUGAAGGCCAACUAUGUUUCUGUGGGGGUGCUUGUUCGCAAGCCAGGAGAGUACGUUACAGACACGGCGCUUCUCCAGGACAAGCAUUAUCACAGAAACAUAGUUGGCCUUCACGACUCCUCUGCUGCCCAAUUUGCUAGGGAAGAAAUUAGUCAGCUUGAUUUUACCUGUUUUGUAGCAUCUUCUCCCUCAAGCAGCACGUCCUUCACCGUACUGGUGAGGGCCCACUUUUGUCGCCGCAUUGCUUCUUCAACUCUUUGGGGCUGCGCUGUCGGGUUCCAAUCCUGCAUGCCGCUGUCCCGGCGGAGCGCACCUCAGACUUCUUACGGUUUUGGACCCAAGCUCCGCUGUCGACGAAGAGCGCAAUGCCUCGAAGGGGAUGUUUGCCCAUGA